UGUUUACAUCAGUCUCUUCAGAAAUUUUCUUUCCGUGCGGUGCGAGAAUUUCCGAAAAUUAAAAAUCGGGACCUUUGCCGUUCGCCAUCCGUCAUGAACUAUGACGACGACGAUUUGGAUCCGCUGUGCUGCUGCGAGUACUACGACCGCCACAAGCAACGAAAUCACAUCUUUUUGUGCUGCUGCCAGUGCACGGAGCUCGAUGAAGUUGGCGAUAGAUUUUUCAAGUGUCAGCCUGUCGAGAGGAGACUGCGGAGGGAAAUGUGGCUCACGAUAAUGGAUCGCAUGCGGAUCCCGUAUCCCGGCGGAGCGCGUCCCAUGUUCUGCGAGAGCUUGGUGACACUUUUUCUCGUGCUUUUCAGUCAGUUAACUGCAGCAAUAAAUGUCUACAGCACAUGCAUCGUGUGCAUUUUACUCGUGUUCGUCCUCUUUUACGCCAGAAGAAAGUAUCAACUACGCGAACGGACCAAUUUCUACUUCUACUGGUGUAUUUGGUCAGUGGCUUAUUUGGUGGUCUUAUUUCAAACGAAUGUACCGAUAAUGGAGGUCUUGCCGGAAGAGAAUUUGUUAUUUGUUGUUCUGUUGAGUCUCAUGCUCCUCUGUUUUUAUAUGGUGCAUCGUCGCAACAAAAAAUCAUAUUCCGGCGCCUUAUCAUCGUCCUCCUCGUCAUCCGGAGCUGUCAGCGGGCUCGAUGAAGAUGACUCAGCAACCGUUCUGCUAAUCUCGCCGGAUAACAAUACAGAAAAUACGACGAAAGACUGCGAUAACGACGGAGAAUACGAAUUAUGGAUAAGUGCUUACAUCAAUUAUUUUAAUUACAAAUAUUACAUAGCAGGGUGUUGCCUUGGAACUGCCGCUUUUUUGUGGUACUCGAAUCUCGUUGUGACGACAGUCUGUCAUCCGUUUCCCGUUUUUCGAAUAUUCCACGUUGAAAUAUUGAUGCCGGACGACUGUACGGAUGUGUAUGACCAGUACGAGCUGGCAUUGUGUUUCGUUGGUGCGUUAUAUGCACUCGUUUUUGCGAUAUUUUUGUUUGCAAAAUUCGUGCAAGAGAUUUACUACAUUGUGAGAUCGCUCGCAUUUAGUAAUUGGAAGUCUGAGGAAACCCGACAUAGCCGUAGGAAUUGCAUUAAUAACUGGCGCUCAUUUUUGUGCAACUAGAAAAAAAAGUUGCUGGUUAGACGUAGAUCAUUAAAAACAGGUACUAAAUUUGAUAAAACGGAAAAAAAUGUGAUAAAAAUCCCUUUUUUGUAAUUUUUAUUAUAAAAAAAAAUUAUUAAAAAUUUUUCAAAAAAAAUCCUUUAAAAAAACGCUUCACAAUUUUCAUAAAAUUAACACAAAAUUAGCUUUUCUCCGAUUUUUCCGACAACAGUAUUAAUUUUUUUGGCAUAUUUUACUUAAAAUAUUUAAUAAAAUAAAAUCAAAAUAAAUGUUACCAAAAAAAACUGCUUUAGUUUAGCA